GGGAGGCGGACGGGAACGGGGGCGGGAAGUUCCCGGAAGGAGCGAGACAGGGAGGGACAGGGCUGAGGAGAGGAAGGCGAUGCGACGGACAGGCGCACCCACUCAGGCUGACUCUCGGGGUCGAGGUCGGGCCAGGGGCGGCUGCCCUGGGGGCGAGGCGGCGGCAUCUCUUCCUCCACCUCCCGGCGGAACCCGAGGACAGGAGCCUCAGAUGAAAGAAACUAUCAUGAACCAGGAGAAACUCGCCAAACUGCAGGCACAAGUGCGCAUUGGUGGGAAAGGAACUGCUCGCAGAAAGAAGAAGGUGGUUCAUAGAACAGCCACAGCAGAUGACAAAAAACUUCAGUUCUCUUUAAAGAAGUUAGGGGUAAACAAUAUCUCUGGUAUUGAAGAGGUGAAUAUGUUCACAAAUCAAGGAACAGUGAUCCACUUUAACAACCCUAAAGUUCAGGCAUCUCUGGCAGCAAACACUUUCACCAUUACGGGCCACGCUGAGACAAAGCAACUGACAGAAAUGCUCCCCAGCAUCUUAAACCAGCUUGGUGCCGACAGUCUGACCAGUUUAAGGAGACUGGCUGAAGCUCUGCCCAAACAAUCUGUGGAUGGAAAAGCACCACUUGCCACUGGAGAGGAGGAUGAUGAUGAAGUUCCAGAUCUUGUGGAGAAUUUUGAUGAGGCUUCCAAGAAUGAAGCAAACUGAACUGAGUUAACUUCUGAAGAAGAUAACUCUUGAAGAAGUUACUGGGAGCUGCUGUUUUAUAUUAUGACUGCUUUUUAAAAUUGUGUUUAUGGGUCUGAUAAAAUCUAGAUCUCCAAUAUUUUUAAGCCUAAGCCCCUGGACACUGCAGCUCUUUUCAGUUUUUGCUUAUAUACAAUUCAUUCUUUGCAGCUAAUGAAGCUGAAGAAGCCUAAGAAUAAAGUUUGAGACAAAGAUAAAUAAAAUUCUUUGCCUAGUA